AUGGUCCAAGCAGCAAUUGAUGGGGUCUACGCCGACCCUUUCUUUACGUCUUAUCCUAACCAACCAGACUCGUUUGAUAGAAGGCUUCGUGCAAACAUUCAGAGAAUUCUCGAGUUCUACUCUGGAAGAAUGUGCCUCAGCGGCCAUGCUCUGGAAGUGGUGGAGGAUGACAAGAAACCAACGCGGAGCGCACCUUCCACAUAUGUCAUGAGAAGCGUGUAUCUGGAAUUAGUCAAGAAACUCAUGGCCGAAUGCAGAGGCCGCGAGCUGCCAGGGAGUUUCAACCCUCUCGUGGUAGGGGACCUAUUCAGUCGACAGUGCAAGCCUUGGGAAAACAUCACUCAGAAACUAGCUGAGGAAGUUCACGAAGCUGCCAUGACUACUUUCAAUAAAAUGCUGUUUCAGAUUUGCGACGAAAACACCAGGUUUCGCCUCAUGAAUGGCCUCAUCCAACCUUCUUUACACAGCCUUCGAAACGGCUUGAAAGAUAAGCUAGAUGAGCUGCUACAACCGCACUUGUCGAAUCAUCCAAUUACCUACGACAAAUACCUGACCGAAACGGUGCAAAAGAUUCAAGGUGAACGUUAUGAUCGAGCUUUUGACGAUAUGUGUCAAAAGACAUCCGGGAUUACACCGAACAAAUUAGCGGUAGAAAAUCUGACAAACAUGUCAUUGCGUAAAAUGCUCCUGACCCUGAAGGACGGUAUGCGCCCAAACGUAGAAGACUAUUCCGUUUCUCUCGCUGCUGAUGUCGCCGCCGCAUACUACAAGGUAGCUCUCAACAAAUUCAUCGACGACGUCAGCGUGAACGCUGUAGAAACCUGUCUCAUUCAGCGCCUACCAGAUGUGUAA